CGUGAACAGAACAGUAUUCACUAUUCAAUAAUAAUAAUAUUGUUCAUGAACAUAAUGACAUUACGACCUAUACCAUAGCUAUGCCGCUAUGAUACAGCUCAUCAAUUAAUUGGUUUGUUGUUGAUGAGUGACGAAGUUUAGUUUUAAAAGUUUUUAAUUAAAAUUGUAUUUAAUGAGAAUUAUUUUCUCUAAUUAUAGUUUUAGCUUAAGUUUUGAUACUAAUUAAAUAAUUCAAAGCUGUAAUCAUGUUGGCGAUAUUCAAUUUACAAAGUCUUUUGACAAUUUUAUUGUUGUCAAUUUGUACAUGCACUUAUUUACGACAAUUAUUACCAAGUAUUAUCGAUAGGAAUAAAGUUGGACCAUUGGGAACGUUUUGGAAGUUAGCAAGAAUUGGAGAGCGGAAAAGUCCAUAUGUAUCAUUUUGUUGUAUUGCAAUGGCUUUCAGUAUUUUAUUUUGGACAUGAUAGUAAUAUUUUUAAUAACAUUUAAUUUUUACAUGUUAUUUUAUAUAUUUUUUUGGCAUAAAAUUGGUUUGAACUCAAAUCUUAAUGUUCUAUAUCAUACUCAUCUAAUUUGUUAUAGGAUAAAAAUGUUAAAUACAUUUUCUAGAUGUUUUUAAUAUUGUAUCCAGUUAAAUUAUUUCAAAUAAUAAAAUAAUAAUUUAAAAUACUCAUUCCUAAAGUUAUUCUGUUCUUUUAUGAAAACAAAACUGUCUAUAUUUUCUUUGUGACAAUAAAAAUAAAAAAUAAAUUAAAUUUACCUAUUGA